AUGUCACACCCACAGGUUACUUUCAAGGACACGACCUUUACCGGAAAGACCCUUCUGUCUACUCGUAGGGCGACAGUGUCCAGCAAGACGCUUCAAGCACAGCUUGACCAGCUAAAGUCCACCGGGCGGUACGACUGCUUCAAGCUUAAAUGGCAUCCUAUUUAUGAUGACAAGUCUAUGUGGCCGGUGCCAUUUCAUCUUUUCUGGGACAGUGAUGUGGCCAAAUGGAUCGAAGGGGCCUGCUAUUUCCUUUCGGAAAGCUACGAUGCUGGCAUUGAUGCUGCUGUUCAAGAGCUUGUGGAAAUGAUCAGGGGUGCCCAGCAAGAGGAUGGAUAUUUGAAUGUCCAUUACACUGUUGUUGAGCCUACAAAAAGGUGGUCAAAUCUGCGUGACAUGCACGAGCUAUACAAUGCGGGUCAUCUCAUCGAAGCAGCAGUAGCUCAUCACCUCUUCUACAAGAAUGACCAACUCAAAGCACCAGUAGAGAAAUACAUCUCACUCAUCAGAAAGCGUUUUGGAGCUGCGCAAGGUCAGGUGAGGGGCUAUCCUGGCCAUCCAGAGAUUGAGCUUGCCCUCCUCCGGUAUGCGGCCGUUACCGGGAGUUCUGAGGCGUAUGAGCUAGCCCAUUACUUUCUGACCGAGCGCGGCAACCCCGAGGGACAAGAUGGGAAACAUUAUUACGAUUGGGAGACAGACCAGAGAGGCGAAAGCCAAUAUACGAGGCCAGAUACCUUUCCCGAGAAUCGGUCCUAUUGGUACUGCCAGGCUCAUCUUCCCAUAACAGAGCAGACCACCAUGGAAGGACAUAGUGUCAGAGCCAUGUACCUCCUCACGGCCGUCGCAGAUCUAGUCUGCCUCUCAGACUCGGGUGAUAAACCACUGGGCGAAGAAGCUCACAAGAGUUGGACAAAAGCCCUGGACCAGCUCUGGAACAACAUGGUAGAUAAGAGAAUGUAUGUCACUGGAGGAAUUGGCGCAAUCAAGCAAUGGGAAGGGUUUGGGAUCGAUUAUUUUCUCCCUCAAGGAACAGAUGAGGGAGGAUGCUAUGCCGAAACCUGCGCAUCCAUCGCCGUCAUGAUGCUCGCAGAGAGACUGCUGCACAUCGAUCUUGAUGGGCACUAUGGCGACAUCAUGGAGCUUUGUCUGUACAACAACGUCAUGACCUCGAUGAGCACCGACGGUACCAAGUUUACCUACGUGAACCAACUGGCUAGUUCGGACAAGGACAGGAGCGAGAGGAGCGACUGGUUCUGGUGCGCUUGCUGUCCACCUAACCUCACGAGGCUGUACGGAAGCAUCGGGGGCUAUCUGUGGGAUUAUGGCUCAGGUGACGGAGGUGCCUAUGUUAAUGUUCACCUCUACUCGAGCGCUCAGGUGAGCUUCGCAGUUGGGGAUGAGACCUCGGUUACUCUUCUUCAAGAGUCGAAUUGGCCAUGGGAAGGGAACAUCCGGUUCCAGCUCUCCUCUACUAAGCCAGUGGACACGACACUUCGGUUGAGAGUUCCUGGUUGGGCUCAUGGCAGUUACGAGAUCAUCCCCGCGGCCCCGGAGCAGACGGGGCUGAAGAUCGAGAAAGGCUAUUUGAUUCUGCCGCCUACCUAUACAUCCGAAAACACCGAAUUUUCUCUCGAGAUCAAGAACUUUGCUCCUCGUUACCUCUCCCCACAUCCCUACAGCAUGCAACACGUCUUGACACUGGCUCGUGGCCCUAUCGUGUACUGUGUUGAGGAUGUGGACAACGGCUGGGAGACAAAUCACUUCAAGGAUGUAAUGAUUACCACAGAUUCACGCAUAACCGAGGAAAGAACAAAAGAUGCGGAAACAGGAGAGUCGUAUAUCGCGCUACAUGGCAGUGGGUGGACUCGAUCAGUGCCCAAGUGUGGAGGAGGGGCUCGCCCUUCAGUCGACAGGGACUUGACAUUUGUCCCAUACUACUUUAGAAGUAAUCGCGGGGGCCGGGGUCAGAUGCGUGUUGGCUUGGCUAAUGGGGGCAAUGUUAUUGGUACCGUCUUCCCCGAGCGAAGUUAG